AAUGGGAAAUCUGAUGGAGGAAGAGGUCUUGUGGUGAAGAAGAAAAUCACAUCUAGAGUUGUUGAUAAUAACAAGGAAUCUGGUCAUCUUCCUCUUCCUAUGACUUCACCUCAUAGGCUUAACAGGGAUUUGGGUGUGAAUAGAUCUAACGCAAAUGAGCACCGUAAAACAUCAGUGUCAUCUCCCGAGAAGGAGGAUCGGUAUUAUACGACGAGAGGGUCGGUAGGCGUGGACGAUAGUAGCAAGUUGUUGAUGGAACCAAGGGAGGAAAAGAAAAAGAUGGUUUGGCCAAAAUUGCUCAUCACAUUGUCAAGUAAAGAAAAAGAAGAGGAUUUUAUGGCCAUGAAAGGUUGCAAACUUCCUCAAAGGCCUAAGAAAAGGGCUAAGUUGACACAAAGAACCAUUCUUUUGGUGCAACCAGGUACAUGGUUGCAAGAUUUGUGCCAAGAAAGGUAUGAAGUGAGAGAGAAGAAGACCUCUAAGAAGAAACCGCGAGGAUUGAAAGCUAUGGGAAGCAUGGAAAGUGAUUCAGAAUGAAAUGUGGUGAUGAUAAGUGUGAGUUAAGGAAACAAAGAUAGUGUCAGUGUAAAGCCAAGAUUGAUUUUUGGGAAUUAUUUUGGGAUAGUUGAAGAUGAAGUGAGCAGAAGAUGGAAAGAAACAUUUGGAUCUUUUGUACUUUAUUUUUUGGGGGGUAGAGAAGGAAAGAAAAAUUGUGUAUUUUGGCAUAUUAUUUUUCUUAAUAUUAGCUCACCUUUGGAAAAUGAAUGCUU